AUGAAUCCCAGGCUUCCAUUCUACCGUACGACAUACAGCGAUCCAAAUGAUACAAAUUUUGGUAUCCCGAUCUUCUGGCAUUAUGACAAGGCUGAGCUUGCCAGUAAAGAAGAAUUUACUGGCAUAUACCAAAAGAUCGAUGACGCUCUAAAGAUAGUUGAUAAAAAAUAUCACAUUUUAAGCCUGUCGGUCUAUGGAGAUUUCGCUCAUCUUGGAGAUGUGGAAGGCCUUUUUAGUGGUUGGCCAUGUACAGUCAUGGCCAAACACAUUCCUAAAAGAUACCCGUUCUGCACAGAUGAGAUAUGUGAUGGAGCUAAACCACGAAAGACAAAAGAACCAGAUCCUACAUCUCUUAUGGCAGUGGCUGAAGACAUUCACCUCUUUAUCCAGAGCAAUGACCCUCCUCGCAACAUUUGCCUGAUAAGCUCUGACCCAGAUUUCGCUUUUCUUAUCCAAGAGCUUGCUACCGCCGGUUACACUGUGUUGCUCGCCUCUUACCAUGAUGCAGAACCAUCACUGGGAAGGUAUGCGUACUUCAAGUGGCAUUGGCAUCUCAUGAGGGGAGGAAAUGGCCCACUUAAUCAUUUUCCAGAUCCAGUCUAUUUCAAGUGA